CCCGUCCACGCCUCUGCUCCUCCAGCGCCAGCACCAGCACCUCUCGCCUCGCCUGCUGCGACCAGUGCUCCGCCUCUCCGUCCACUUGUCCAUCUGCGCCAUGUUCCGCGUCGCGCCCGCCUCGGCUUCCGGAGCCACUGCCGGCGCCGGCAGCAGCACAGCGCCCACGGUGGCCUCGCACGCGACCAAGGGCCCGCGCCAGUACCCCUUCCGCCUCAACUUCUACCAGCGGCCGCCGACGCAUGAGGUCACGAUCGAGCAGUUUGAGCUGUGGGCCAUUGACCGGCUUCGCGUGCUCGCCGAGGUGGAGUCGUCCCAGGCGCGCAACCGCUCGUGGCCAGAGAUGCGCGAGGCCGUGCUGGCCAUGGCGAAGAAGUAUCUGCCUCUCAACUCUACCACGGCCGGCAGCGGCGGCGGCGUGGACCUGACGCAGGAGCGCAUGAAGGACCACGUCUCGCACUUUGUCCUGCGCCUCGCCUUCUGCCGCAGUGAGGACCUGCGGCGGCGCUUUCUGAAGGCCGAGUCGACGCUGUUCCGGCUGCGCUUCGAUACGGACGAUGCGGCGGAGCGCGAGGCGUUUCUCCAGACGCUCAACUUCGACUGGGUGCAAGUGAGCAGCGAGGAGAAGCAGGCGAACAAGGAUGCUCUUCUGGCGACGACACCCUGGCUCAAGGCCACCUUCGACAACGAGAGCUUUUUCAAGGUGCACUGGACCCGCGUGGCAGAUCUCGUGGAGAAGCGCCGCGUCUUCCUGCAGGCCGGCACGGCGUGGGUGCCGAUGCGCGAGCAGUCCUCGCUGGUCGUGACGGAGUUCCAGACCCGCCUGUCGCGAGACCUUGAGCUGACCGCGCGAGCGCUGCCGCGCCUCGACGAGGAUGACCGGCUGCUGCCCGUGCUCGCGCAUCUCUCGCUCGGCUUCAUCGCGGGCGUGUCAUCGGACUACUCCGACAGCGCCAUCAAGCUCGAAGAUGGCGGCCACAUCUCCGCCUCGCACGUCGAUGCGCUGGUGCGCAAGCAUGCGCCGCUGUGCAUGCGCAACCUGCACGAGAGCCUGCGGCGCGACAAGCACCUCAAGCACUACGGCCGCCUGCAGUACAACCUCUUCCUCAAGGACAUGGGCCUGCCGAUCGAGGAGGCGCUGCUCUUCUGGCGCCGCUCCUUCGCCAACAAGACGGACGAGCAGUUCUCGAAGGAAUACAAGUACAACAUCAGGCACGGCUACGGCCUGGAGGGCAAGCGGGUCAACUACCCGGCAAAGAGCUGCGUGCGCAUCAUCACGCAGGAUCAGCCCGGCCCGCAGGACAACCACGGCUGUCCGUUCCGGCACUUCUCUCCCGCGAACCUCUCUGCAGCGCUCGCUACGCACUAUGGGCUCGCGCCUGCUGAGCAGUCUGAGAUUCUCACAGCCGUCAAGGCGGAGCACUACCAUGUGGGAUGCACGCGGUUGUUCGAGCUCACGCACGCCAAGAAGGGCAUUCGGAAAGGAGACGGCCUGGGCAACGGCGAGAGCGUCAACCACCCGAAUCGCUACUUCGAGCGCAGCUGGGAGGUCUCGCGCGAGUCUGGCGACGUGCAGAUGGAGGCGGAUCCGGACGACUCGAUGGCGCAGGAGGAAGAGCGCCGCAAGAAGCUGCAGCAGGGCGUCGCCUCGCAGGAGCCGAAGGACGAGUUCGACGACGAGACCAUGGACGAACUGAUGCGCGCCGCAGCGGACCAGGGCCAGACGCAGUGGGCGGGUGCAGCUGUCGGGACGGGGAGUGCGGCGCGGCCCAUCCCGGGGCCUUUCGACGACGAGGACCGCAAGCCGGUGAUCGGGUCCGCGGAGGCCGGCGACGUGGUCAUGCAGGAGGCGCCAUAGAGAUGCCUGCCGGACCUCGCUCUGUACACUAUUGUCAGGUUCGACUCGUCACGUCGGAACAGCGCAUUGUAUUAGCGGUCGACUGU